UCCCGAUCCGUUGUUUUUACUGUCCUUUCCUGCAGUUUGUCAGCAGUUCCUUUCCCUCAGCUAAGCGAACAUGGCCUGGAAUCACUGGGGCUGGCAGUUCUGCCUCCCUGUUCUGUUCCCUCUGGUCAGAUGUCACCCACAGUGCUUGGAUUUCAAGCCCCCCUUCAAGCCAGCAAGGGCUCUUGCAUUCUGCACACUCUAUAGUGAGUUUGGCUGCUGCGACUCUGCCAAAGACAGGGAAAUCCAGAGCCACUUCUACCGAAUCAUGGACAACUUUGAUUACUCCCUGUAUGCCAGCUGCGCUGUGCAGAUCCGGGACAUUUUAUGUGGGGAAUGCUCUCCAUAUUCUGCUCAUCUGUACGAUGCCGAAGACCCUUCGACACCCGUUAGGCAGCUGCUCGGACUCUGCAGUGAAUACUGUGUCGAAUUCUGGAAUACCUGUCGGGCAAUCCUGGCCACCUUGGUGGGAGAGGGAAGCCUUCGAGAGCUGGUAUUGGACAGGGCUAAAUUCUGUGAAGCUUUAGAGCUGCAAGACCGGGAUUACUGCUACCCCCACAUCCUGACCAACAAGAACCUAACGAGGAACCUGGGGCUGGUGAACCCGGGUUCCGGCGGCUGCCUUCAGCUGUGUCUGCGGGAAGUGGCCAAUGGCCUUCGCAAUCCCGUUGCCAUGGUGCACGCAAAUGACGGGACUCACCGGUUCUUUAUCGCAGAGCAGAUUGGCAUUGUCUGGGUGUACCUCCACACCAGGGCCAGGCUGGAGAAACCGUUCCUCAACAUCACUCACGCGGUGUUGACCUCUCCCUGGGAAGGGGACGAGCGUGGCUUUCUAGGCCUAGCCUUUCACCCCAAGUACAGAUACACCGGGAAGGUCUACGUCUAUUACUCCUUUGAGUUGCACUUUGAGGAAAAGAUCAGAAUUAGCGAGUUUACCAUUUCUUCCAACGACAUGAACGUAUUAAAUCAUCGCUCUGAGCGGAUCAUUCUGGAAGUUGACGAACCAGCAUCAAACCACAAUGGAGGACAACUCCUCUUCGCAGAUGAUGGCUACCUUUACAUUUUCACCGGAGAUGGCGGAAUGGCUGGCGACCCUUUCGGGAAAUAUGGAAACGCACAAAAUAAUCUAACCCGGUUUGGUAACCUCCUCCUGUCCAGGUCAGCCUUACUGGGGAAGGUGCUUCGGAUUGACGUCAAUAACAAUAACCGUGGGCCGCUCUAUAGAAUCCCUCCUGACAAUCCAUUUCUUCAGGACCCCGAUGCGCGACCAGAGGUUUAUGCUUAUGGGGCGCGGAAUAUGUGGCGUUGUUCCGUGGACCGUGGGGACCCUGUAACUAAGGAAGGCAAAGGAAGAAUCUUCUGUGGAGAUGUCGGGCAGAACAAGUUCGAGGAGGUGGACAUCAUUGAGAAAGGCAAAAACUACGGCUGGAAAGCAAGAGAAGGCUUUUCCUGUUACGAUAAGAAACUCUGUGCAAACUCCUCCCUGAAUGAUGUCCUUCCUAUCUUUGCGUAUCCUCACAGUGUGGGCAAAUCUGUCACUGGGGGUUAUGUGUACAGAGGCUGUGAAUCUCCCAAUUUAAAUGGACUCUACAUAUUUGGGGACUUCAUGAGUGGACGCCUAAUGGUGUUGACUGAGAAUACCAGAACUGGUACAUGGCACAAUAAUAAGAUCUGCAUGGGCAAGGGUCAGACGUGCUCGUUCCCUGGACUCCGUGAUCACUAUCAUCGAUACAUCAUCUCCUUCGCAGAGGAUGAAGCAGUAGGGUGCCGUGCACAAUCCUGAUUUGAUGGAGACAGACCUGAGAGCAUGGAGGAACAUCUGGUGAAACUUCUGAAAUGCCUGCUUCGCUGCUGCUGCUACUGUGUGGUCCAGAAUCUCCGGAGGGGAAGGCCCCGAGUCCUCGGCUUUGCUUGUUGCUCGGCGGCCGGGGCCGGGUCGAAGUGCUCGGCAGAGAUGGCGCUCAGUGUCGGAGGGGCUGGUCGGAGGCUCAAAGUUUUCGGACGGACUCAGAGUCUGCUGCGGUCGGGUGCUUCCAAUGGUGCGGCAUCGGCAAGUUGGCGGCACUUGGAGGUCCAUGGCAGGGAGAGUUUCUCUCUUCUACUGUCUGUGUGAGAUGAUGAGGCUAUCGGGAUUUUAAGAGUUUUUUUUUACCAUGCCCAUGGUCUGCUCUUUAUCAAAUUACGGUAUUGCUUUGCACUGUUGUAACUAUAUGUUAUAAUUAUGUGGUUUUGUCAGUUUUGGUCUUGGUCUGUCCUGUGUUUCUGUGAUAUCAUUCUGGAGGAACAUUGUAUCAUUUUUUUAAUGCAUGCAUUUCUAAAUGACAAUAAACAAGGACUGAGUGUCCUCACAAACUAAUCUAAAAAAAAUUACUAUCAUGAGGAUGGAAGAUACUCACACCUG